UGGAGGGUAUGUGUGUACAGAGGAAGGUAACCGGGACAGAGGAGAGCUUUGUGCGCUGUUCCAUAUUCAGCUGGGCAGCAUAGCUAUCUCUCACUCAGAUUUCAGCCUUUUUGAACAUGCAGUGGCUUCUUUUCACUCUUCUCACAACUUAUGCCGAGCAGUUUCUUUCCAGUGCAGAAGAAAAUGGUAACUCUUCCCUGAUGACUGGGAUAAUAUCAGCUGAGUCAGACGUUCUCGAUCGCAGGCAGUUUUGCCAUUGGCCCUGCAAAUGCUCACACCAAAGCUCUUGCCCACCAGGAAUGAGCCGGGUAAAAGAUGGCUGUGGAUGUUGUAAGAUGUGUGCCAAACAAUUAGGAGAAAGCUGCAAUGAAGCAGAUGUGUGUGACCAUCACAGAGGUCUAUAUUGUGACUACUCUGCUGACAGACCCAAGUAUGAAGUUGGAAUUUGUAAAUAUAUGCUAGCAGUGGGAUGUGAGCUCAACGGAAUUCUGUAUAAGAAUGGGCAGACUUUCCAACCCAGUCCCUACUACAUGUGUCUGUGUAUAAGUGACACAAUUGGGUGCACACCAAUGCUUGUUGGAAAACAGGACCCAAGUCAAUGUGCCCCUUCCCCAGGUCAGCCCAAAAUAGCAGAUAAUACCAACUGUGCCCUGCAGAAGGAUGGCCACAAGCCAGACUUUAAAUUUACACCAGUUUACAAGGUUUUGCCAUUUGUCUGGAAAAGAAAAUGCCUUGUCCAUGCUACUCAAUGGAGCCCUUGCUCAAAAACCUGUGAUAUGGGGAUUUCUAUCCGAGUGAGCAAUGAAAACAGCAAGUGUGAACGUAGGCAGGAAAGGCGGCUCUGCUUUCUCAGACCCUGUAACUCCACCUUACUCAGCACUAUCAAGGUUCCAAAAGGAAAAACCUGCCAGCCCACCUUCCAACCUCCUCAACCAGUGAAGAUGGUGUUAUCAGAAUGUUCAUCAGUGCGUACCUACAAACCCACUUACUGUGGCGUGUGCAAAGAUCGCAGGUGCUGUAUACCUAACAAAUCCAAAAUGAUAACAGUCCGUUUCAACUGCCUAAAUGAAGGGUCUUUUUCGUGGAAAAUGAUGUGGAUAACAUCCUGUGUUUGUCAGAAACACUGCAGUGAUCCUGGAGAUGUAUUUCCUCACCUUAUUAUUUUGUAAGAAGUCACUCCCAUGCUUUCAUUCCAGGUUGUACGUAAAAAUUCUCAUUUUUGCACUGUUGAGCUGGCAAACGUGGAGAAAUGGGGAAAAAAAACUUUGAUUGGAGGUAGGUGUAAUAGAAAGGGAAGCACCUACAGUAUGUGUGAGAUAAAAAACAUCUGCCAUUAAACAUUCUGGAUUCCCAAGAUAUCUUUAGUUUCUGGAAAGGGUGGAGGUAUGAAUUCAGAACUAUGAAGACUAAUUCUCCAACAUCUCUACAAUAAUAAAAUUCAGAUCAGAAUUCCUUCCUAAUCAGAAACCCAUUACAACAAAUAGGGUUAAGUGCCAGAGACUUACUGGAAUGGAUUCUCCUUGCCACCCUCUGGUGUCUUGCAUGAACAUUUGCGAUGAGAUCAUUAAAUUCACUAAUGAAAAAAGGCAUAUUAGAUAAUGUGGUCAUAUUGUUCCUAAGUAUGUGCACAGAUAUUUUCAAUAUAUUGUGCCCCUCCUUACUUGUCAAGGAAAUAAACAUAUAGAACAUAUAACUAGACCUAUGGUAAUGAAACGGAAGUAUAAAUACAGUAUACCUUGAUGAUUCCAGUGGACUUCUGCAAAAUCUCCGACAUUGUGGCCAGUAUAGUAAUAAAAGUUUCUGUAUCUGUUAAGAAUAUACUGCAAAACUCUUUAAGAUCUGUCCCUAG